AUCGCCCUUGAGACGUGCAAGUUGGAAAGUGUAGGAAUUUUACGCUCUCUGGAAUUGUAGAAAAAGAACUUGUAAAUAGUUACUAGAUAGUGGUGGCCUUACGGUAUAUUCUAGUUAAAACCCUAUGAUGAAAGAGGCACAAAGGUUCCUUUUCACUUGAAAAUUUAGGAGCUGUUUAUUUUUCCAAGCUUCCUUGUUGUAAUUGAGUGAUUCGUCCCUCCAAUCAAGUGUGAGGCUCAGUCAAAUUGAGUGAUUCUGCCAUUAACAACAUUGAACGGAAUCAUUGCCCUGAGUUGCGUGAGUUUUGGAUAAUUACCCCCAUUUGUUGGCUAAAACCCCCAUUGGUUGCUGACUAUUUGAUUGACACUCCACUGAGAUUCACUUAACAAGCUUCAAAAGCAAUAAAAAGAAGACUAUUUUAAGCAAGCACGAAGACUUUAAUGUCCUUGUAUACCCACUUGAUAGAAAUUGAUUGGAACUGCUUUAGACUUUUGUUCACUGUCUCCUUUCAACUCCGUGUCAUUGCAGGAAUUGCAACAUCCAGAGUAUGUGACCAUUUGACUAGUUAAUGCCCUUGACUAAGGGCUAGCCAAUCCAUCUAUUGUCCAAUUGCUGGGGAAAAAUAGGAGGAUCUGUGUUAGUAGAUACUACAAACUCUUGUGCUGUUCAAGGAUCUAUCCUUCAAAGGACUGUAUGUUUAUAUUUACAGUCAGAAACGUCAGUCAAGUAGGAAGGGCAAGAAAAAUAUAUCAUGAAAUAUGGGAUGCACAAAUGUUCUUCAUCACUUGACCGGAAUCUUGCUAUACAUGGUUGCACAUACUAGUGAACAAUGGCAUUGGCAAAGGCAAAAAUUGUUUCAUUGACCCCGGCCUUUGGGUCUUUAGGCUUUUGUCAUAUUCUGCCAACUCAAAUAACUGCACUUUAUAAUAACACCACCAGUUUAAGAAGCCACUCACAAUUUAAAAGGGAAGCACAUAUAGGAUAACUGAUAUUCGAACAUUGAAAUAGCAUCUUAUGGUCUCCAGUCAUGUCCUUCAACUUUUACACCAAAAUGAUGCAACCUGAAACAUGGGUCUUCAUUUCCUUUCUGUUUCUUUUCUUCAGAUUUUGCACUUCCAUUGAUACCUUAACUUCAAGCCAAGCCAUCAAGGACGGUGACCUUUUGGUAUCAACGGGUGAGACCUUUGCACUUGAGUUUUUUAGUCCUGGAAAUUCUGGAAAUAGGUAUGUAGGAAUAUGGUACAAGAAGAUAUUAGGACAAACCAUAGUUUGGGUUGCAAAUAGAAACAAUCCAAUCAAGGAUACCACUGGAGUUCUGUCCAUCAACAAAGAUGGAGAUCUCGUCAUCUACAGUAAUAACCAAAGUGUUCCAUUUUGGCAGACAAAUAUUUCCACAGCAAGAACAGCAAGCAGAAGCUAUUCAACUCAACUCCUUGACUCUGGAAAUUUGGUGUUGUUUCGAGGUGAUAAGGCAAGUAGACUUAUUGUGUGGCAAAGCUUUGAUUAUCCCACACAUGUUUUCCUACCAAAAAUGAAACUGGGGCUCGACCGUAAGACUGGUUUAGACUGGUUCUUGACAUCUUGGAAGUCGCCUGACGACCCAAGCGCUGGGGAAUAUUCUUAUAGAAUGGAUCCAAAAGGCUUGCCUCGGUUAGUCUUGCUCAAGGGCUCGACCCCUAGAUGGCAAGCUGGGCCAUGGAUCAAUAAUAAUUUUAAUGGCAUACCAGUGUCUGCUAGCGCUCACUCCGCAUCCAGUACCAAUUAUAUUGACAAUAGUGAUGAACUCUCUGUGAUGUAUGAUUUCAAUGCCUCUGUUGUGUAUAUAACAUACCUGGAUGAGUCUGGUUUUGUAGGCAGUACAUGGAAUCAUGACAAUGAAUGGAACCUAAUUUGGUCAGCCCCCAAAGAUCAGUGUGACUAUUAUGGCCACUGCGGUGCAUAUGGUAUUUGUGAUCCAAACAAUGGGUUUGCGUUUGAGUGCUCAUGCCUCCCGGGAUAUGAACCCACAUCUGCACGUGAUUGGUAUUCAGGAGAUGGUUCCGCUGGGUGCACGAGGAAGCGCACGGAAGAUCACAUGUGUGGUCAUGGAGAAGGGUUUGUCAAAAUUACAAAUGCAAAGGUUCCCAAUACCUUGGAGGCACAAUUAGCAAUGAACUUGAAGGUGGAAGAGUGCGAGCAUGCGUGUUUGGGAAAUUGUUCUUGCUUGGCUUACGCAAGUGGAGACAAGGGCGAGUGUUUGACAUGGUAUGGGGAUUUGAUGGACACAAGAAGGUUCUCCUAUGGGGGUCUAGACUUGUAUAUACGGGUAGAUGCUAUUGAAUUAGCUCAACACUUGAAGAAGCCCCACAACUUGCACGGCAAGAAGAUGGCCAUUGUGGUAACUUCUGUUAUUGUGAUGUUAUUGCUGAGCGUUUCCUUAGUAUGCUGGUUGGUUAAAAGAAAAACAAAAGAUAUAGGAUCCAACAUUCAAGCCAGUGAUAAAGAAAAUCUAGAAUUGCCCAUAUUUGAUAUAGUGGAAAUUGAAGGGGCAACUAACAAGUUUUCUGAUGAUAAUAUAAUUGGACAAGGUGGCUUUGGGCUUGUUUACAAGGGACUUCUGUCAACUGGAAAGGAAAUAGCUGUCAAACGACUCGCAAUCAACUCCAAACAAGGUCUUGAUGAAUUCAAAAAUGAGGUUAUUUUGAUCACCAAACUUCAACAUCGUAAUGUGGUGAGGCUUUUGGGGUGUUGCAUCAAUGGUGAAGAAAGAAUGUUAAUUUACGAGUACAUGGCCAAUGGGAGCUUGGAUUCCUUCAUUUUUGGUCUUGCAAACACAAGAAGUAAAUCUCUCGGGUGGAGGCGGCGUUUGGAUAUUAUUGUGGGGAUUGCACAAGGGCUUCUUUAUCUUCAUCGUGAUUCAAGAUUGAGAGUAAUUCAUAGAGAUCUCAAAGUCAGCAACAUACUACUUGAUGAUGAUUUGAAUCCUAAGAUUUCAGAUUUUGGAAUUGCGAGGGCUGUUGGAGGGGAUCAAUCUACUGCAAAAACAAGAAGGGUUGUUGGAACUUAUGGUUACAUGUCUCCAGAGUAUGCUAUAGAUGGCAUUUUUUCAAUGAAAUCAGAUAUCUUUAGCUUUGGAGUCAUGGUUUUGGAAAUAUUGAGUUGCAAAAGGAACAGACAGUUCCAUCAUCCCGACCAUGAUUUUAACCUUCUUGGGCAUGCUUGGAAACUUUGGAUUGAAGGAAAGGCCUCUGAGCUAUUAGACCCUCAGGUUGAGGGCUCAAUUCCAAUGUCAGAGAUAUUGAGGUGCAUGCAGGUUGGUCUUCUAUGUGUGCAGAAAUGCCCUAAAGACAGACCGACCAUGUCAACUGUGCUCUUAAUGUUGAUUACCGAGACUAUAGUCCUACCCCAGCCCAAGCAACCAGGGUUUUAUAUGGAGAGGAUACCUGAGGAUACAUUUCAUCUGAUGGCUGAAAGCAUGUCCAGCGCCAAUGAGGUGACCGUGACACGACUAGAGGCCCGCUAAAACGAGUGCGAUUUUGUUCACCCUAGGGUGACUUUACCCUAGGGGUAAAAAAGUCAUUUUGGACCUCUCUCUCUAUCACACCCUUUCACUCUCCCCUUUCUCUCCUUCCUCCAGCCGCUGACUCACCGACCACCGUCUCGCCGCUGCUCGCCAACCCGCCGCCUCGCCUCACCAUUUCUCUCUCCUCUAUCUCUUUCCUCCUGCCGCUCUGCCUUGCCUUGCUGCUGCGCAACGACGAGGUGAGGCAAUGAGUCAGUGGCGGGAGGAAGGAAAGAGAGGAGAGAGAAAUGGGGUGAUGGUAUGGAGGGAGAGCAAAAUGACGCUUUUACCCCAGGGUGAACAAAAUUGCACCCCGCCAAAACACCUCAUUGUAUGUACCUGUAAAUAGUGAAGAACGAUGUCAUACAGUGCCUCAGCUGCAUUACCCAAAAAUUAACUUAGGUAUAUGUUUCCCCUAUCAUUAAAAUACAUGAUUGUAUUGAAAACUCUUGUAAACUCGCCUUUUUGUUUCUUCCUCUGGUAUAUAGAGCAGUGCUUUGCUGAUAAAAAGAACUAUUGACUUCAUAUGUUCAGCCUAAAAAUCAUGUAUAAGUUAAAUUUUAGCUAUAACACUUGUACUUGCGCAUAAAUUUUGUAUGGAUUAGCUCCUUUCUUGUUAGAAUUCCAUUUUUGUGAUGAAUUCAUUGACUCAUGGAAGGUUCUUUUGAUUCAUUUGCUGAAGAACAUUUCCGUCCUUUUCUUUAUCUUUUUG